GGAAAAAAGAGAGUAAUGACGCGGUAAAGUACAAAGGAGGGAGCAACAUUGACGCGAACAAACACAACGCUUCAGAAAACUCUCUAUCGCGCUCGUGUUCAUUCAUCACUCAUCAACUAAUUAAUGAUUAUUACUACACCAUCACUACAACUUUGGGCGCUCGAAAUUUCGGCGUCUUUAAAUUCAAAUUUCACGGACGCUUCGUCUCUUCAUUGAAAAAUCUCAAUGGAAGAAGACAGGUGCCUCCACAUGGCUGAGAUCGAGUGUUGUUCCCAACAAUCAGAACCAGAAGUAAGACCAAAUAAUAGGGAAAGUUUAGAUGCUUCCGAAACGACGUCGUAUAGUUCGUCACAGUUACAAAAAGCUAAAGCUAAAGGUAAGGGUGUAGCGUGCAAACGACGGAACCCUAGAGUCCCUGUUCGCCGCACCAAAGCUAAUAAUGUUGCCGCCAUUGGGUUUCCUCUUGGAAUGUCGUUUGCCGCUGUUAUGGCUCAGGUGUUGUAUAGAAGAGAUGCAGCAGCUGAGAGUAUAUCCCCCGAUCAUCUUUCGUCGAUGUGCUCGUCUGCAAUCAAAGAAUCUCUAUCCAGUGUAUUUGGAGACAAGCUAGAUGGUUUGGCAACGAACUUUGAACAAUCUUUUGACAGCACUUUGAGUACUCUUAGAUUAAUUUAUGAAUCAUCGGCUCCCAGUGAAGGGAGUAAAUUGAAUAACGUGAGGAUGGAAUAUCCAAGUUCUAAAUUAAACAGAGGAGAUUGCUCACAUGAUAUUGCUCUAGAGAAUGGUCAAUCAGGGCCACUGUCACAUGCCUACGCUGAAAUGCUAGACCAAUCAAUUAGACGUGAAGAGGUCAGGGAUAACUUUCAUAUGGAGUCAGUUACUCGCGAUCUUGCUAUGCAUGGACAAUCAAACCAAAUGGUUUGUUUUUCUCCAACCUCUUCUGGAGCUAUGAUUAAUAAUCCAGUGAUUAGUACAUUUGAGAAGUCUGUGAUGGAGCAAUGCCGUUCUAAUGAACUCAAGACUAUUGAACUUGGUCUUACAAUGAAAAAAUUGAAAUUGAAAGAGACAGAGUUGGCUCUCGGCUACGAUUUAAAUGAUCUGCAGAGGUCCAAGUUAGCUGUGGAAGUAUCUAAGACAUCUUUCAAAGCUGAAAAGUUUAAGACUCGGCUAGAAGAUACGAGACACGGUGAACUAAAUAAGAAGUGCAUAGACUGUCUUAUUGCUGGUCUUCUCAUUAUGUCAUUUUCACUCUUUAUGGUGCUUUUGUUUAUAACUAUGAACGGAUUAAUGAAGCCGCUGAAUUGUGUACUCCAGCAGAGGAAUCUUUCUCUUGGUGGACUCCAAAAUCAGUCGCUUGGUUCAAUUCAAGCUUUCAUGUCUUUUGGUGUCAAGUUCGAGUUGUGAGCCGAAUGGUGUUUGGUUUCUUAAUGAUUAUUGCAAUUGCAUAUUUGCUAUUCCAGCGGUCAGCAACAAUGUCAUCACAAACUAUGCCAGUUACAUUCAUUGUUUUGAUGCUAGGACUCGGUUGUGGCUAUUGUGGAAAGAUGUGUGUAGACACACUGGGAGGGAGUGGUUAUGUGUGGCUCUUAUAUUGGGAGAUUCUAUGUUUGCUGCAUUUCUUAUCUAUAUGCUGGACAUCCGUUUUGUACACAAUUCUUUAUGGACCAGUCACAA